CCGGGAGGACAGCAAACAUGGACUUUUCAGAGAAGUGGAGUCGUUUACCAGCCGGACCGAGCCUGAAGAACCUGACGGACGGAGGGUUCGGUAAACUGCAGGACAAGCAGCACCCGGCGGUCCAGGACCUGACCAAAGCCCACCUGGAGUCCUUCGACCAGGCGGUCACUGACGGUCUCAGCCGGGUCGUGCAGGCCAUCCCUCCUCUAGAGUUCCUGUCUAAAAGCGACCAGGUGAGCCUGUCCUUCGUGGACGCCACCAUCCACAGCCCAGCUGUGGGGAAGGGCAGCAUCUGCUCUGAGAUGAAGGUGUUUCCUGCCGAGUGUCGAGGGCGGAGGUGCACCUACAGAGGGAAGCUGGUGGCAGACGUCAGCUGGUCGAUCAACGGGGUUCCUAAAGGCAUCAUCAAGCAGAGCCUGGGUCAGCUGCCGGUCAUGGUCAAGUCCCAGCUGUGCAACCUGCACGGCAUGUCCCCCCAGGAGCUCGUCCGGCAUCACGAAGAAGCUGAGGAAAUGGGAGGUUACUUCAUCGUGAACGGGAUAGAGAAGGUGAUCAGGAUGCUGAUCAUGCCCAGGAGGAAUUAUCCCAUCGCCAUGUCCCGACCCAAGUGGAAGAGCCGGGGUCAGGGCUACACUCAGUACGGUAUUUCCAUGCGUUGUGUGAGGGAGGAGCACACGGCAAUCAACAUGAACCUUCAUUACCUGGAAAACGGGACGGUGAUGAUGAACUUCAUCUACCAGAAGGAGCUCUUCUUCCUCCCUUUAGGCUUUGCACUGAAGGCUCUGGUGGACUUCACAGACUUCCAGAUCUACCAGGAGCUGAUCAAAGGCCGCGAGGACAAUUCUUUCUAUAAGACCUGCGUGUCGGAGAUGCUGCGCCUCGUGGCGGAGGAGGGCUGCACGACCCGCAGCAAGGUGCUGGAGUACCUGGGGGAGCACUUCAGGAUCAAGUUGAACCUGCCUGAGUGGUACACGAACGAGCAGUGCGCCAGCGUCCUCCUGAACGAAUGCAUCUGUAUCCACCUGAAGUCCGACUCGGAUAAGUUCUACCUGCUUUGUCUCAUGACCCGGAAGCUCUUCAGCUACGCCAAGCAGGAGUGCAUGGAGGAGAACCCCGACAGCAUCACGUGUCAUGAAGUGCUGACCCCGGGUCAGCUCUACCUCAUGUUCCUGAAGGAGCGCCUGACGGCGUGGCUGGUGUCCGUGAAGCUGUCCUUCAACAAACGAGGAUCCAAAGUGACUGGCAGCUGGAGCACAGAGAACAUGAUAAGGAUGCUGAACCUGGGCUCAGACGUGACCAAAUCUUUCGAAUACCUGCUGGCCACCGGAAACCUCCACUCCAAGACCGGUCUCGGGAUGCUGCAGAGCAGCGGUCUGUGCGUUGUUGCAGACAAACUGAACUUCAUCCGGUACCUUUCCCAUUUCCGCUGCGUGCACCGAGGAGCCUCCUUCGCCAAGAUGAGGACCACCUCCGUCCGGAAGCUGCUGCCCGAGUCCUGGGGCUUCCUGUGUCCCGUUCACACUCCGGACGGAGAGCCGUGCGGACUCAUGAACCACAUGACCGCCAGCUGCGAGAUAGUUGCACCCACCGCCUUCACUACGUCCCUGCCGGCUCUGCUCUGCGCCCUCGGUGUGACCCCGGUGGACGGAUCCCCCGGUCGAGCCUUUUCUGAGUGCUACCCUGUGGUUCUGGACGGCGCCGUUGUCGGCUGGGUGGAGAGCGAUUUGGCUCCAACGGUGGUUGACUCGCUGCGCAGGUUCAAGGUGCUCGGGGAAAAGAAAAUUCCUCCGUGGACGGAGAUCGUGCUUGUUCCCAGAACGGGCAAAGCCAGCUUGUAUCCGGGCCUGUUCCUGUUCACGACGCCGUGCCGGAUGAUGCGACCCGUUCAGAACUUGGCCCACGGCAAACAGGAGCUGAUCGGCACCUUCGAACAGCUCUACAUGAACGUGGGGAUCAUGGCGGGUGAGGUCGAAGCCGGCGUGACCUCGCACCAGGAGCUGUUCCCUCACAGCAUGCUCAGUGUGGUGGCCAACUUCAUCCCCUACUCGGACCACAACCAGAGCCCCAGAAACAUGUACCAGUGCCAGAUGGGUAAGCAGACGAUGGGGUUUCCUCUGCACUCGUUCAAGGAUCGCUCCGAUAACAAGCUGUACCGGCUCCAGACCCCCCAGAGUCCGCUGGUCAGGCCCUACAUGUACGACCAUUACAACUUGGACAACUACCCCAGCGGCACCAAUGCCAUCGUGGCCGUCAUCUCCUACACCGGCUACGACAUGGAAGACGCCAUGAUCGUGAACAAGUCAUCGUGGGAAAGAGGUUUUGCCCAUGGAAGCAUCUACAAGACCGAGUUGGUGGACUUGGCGGACAAGGUGAGAGGAGAGGACUGCGUGGUGUUUGGGACUAAGGCCGGAGACCCGAAGGUGGACGGGAAACUGGAUUCUGACGGACUGCCUCACAUCGGAUCGGUGCUUCAAUACGGAGACCCGUUCUACGGCUACAUCAACCUGAACACGGGCCAAACCCAAGUCAGCUACUACAAGAGCCAGGAGGCCUGUGUUGUCGACAACGUAAAGAUCUGCAGCAACGACUCGGGAUCAGGCAGUUUGAAACGCGUCUGCAUCACGGUUCGGGUGCCACGAAACCCCACCAUCGGCGACAAGUUUGCCAGCCGCCACGGUCAGAAGGGCAUCCUGAGCCGCCUCUGGCCGGCGGAGGACAUGCCGUUCACGGAGAGCGGCAUGUCUCCGGACAUCCUCUUCAACCCCCACGGCUUCCCCUCCCGGAUGACGAUCGGGAUGCUGAUCGAGAGCAUGGCGGGAAAGUCCGCCGCCCUGCACGGCCUGAGCCACGACGCCACGCCUUUCACCUUCUCUGAGGAGAGCUCGGCGCUCGAGUACUUUGGUAAAAUGCUCCGAGCCGGCGGCUACAACUACUAUGGGACGGAGCGGCUCUACAGCGGGCUGAGUGGCCAGGAGCUGGAGGCGGACAUCUUCAUCGGCGUCGUCUACUACCAGCGGCUGCGCCACAUGGUCUCCGACAAGUUCCAGGUGCGAACCACCGGAGUGCGAGACAAGGUGACCAACCAGCCCAUGGGCGGCAGGAACAUCCAGGGAGGCAUUCGUUUUGGGGAGAUGGAGCGAGACGCCCUGCUGGCCCACGGCUCUUCGUUCCUGCUCCACGACCGCCUGUUCAACUGUUCCGACCGCUCGGUGGCUCAAGUGUGCGUGGACUGCGGCAGCCUUCUGUCCCCGCUGCUGGAGAAACCGCCCCCCUACUGGUCGGCCAUGCGCCACCGGAAGACCACGUGCACUCUGUGCGGCAAGAGCGACUCCAUCGUCUCGGUGUCCGUCCCGUACGUCUUUCGCUACUUUGUGGCCGAGCUCGCGGCGAUGAACAUCAAAGUCAAGUUGGACGUUAAGUGAAGUUUUCCAGGAGGGCAGAGGUCGUGACAGAAAACAAGACUCACCCGAAGGGCUCGUCUGUCGUGGAUUUACUCGCCCGCCAAGACGUCGGCGCGUUUGGUGUCGAAUUAAAAGAAAAAAAUUGAAAAGCUUAUAUUUGUAUUAGAGGUCGACCCAGAGCAGUUCGUCUUCGGCUGAUCUUUGGAAGUCUUUGUCUUCGGCUGAUCUUCGUCUUCGGCUGAUCUUUGGAAGUCUUUGUCUUCGGCUGAUCUUCGUCUUCGGCUGAUCUUUGGAAGUCUUUGUCUUAGGCUGAUCUUUGGAAGUCUUUGUCUUCGGCUGAUCUUUGGAAGUCAUGGCAACAAAUGGAAGAUUUACAAACCGAUUAUUUUGUAAUUCCAUUUUUAGGUCACUGUGUUUUUAAUUUACUAAAAUAUAACCAUAGUUGUCGAACUCGGGUAAAUGUGUAUUUACCAACACUUAAGAGCUUGUACAUUUAAAAAGUUUAAAAAAAAAAA